AAUAAAAAUAUAUCUUGAAACGAUUAGUUUAUUUCGAUAAGUAAGUUUAAAAAAAAUGUUAUUUUUUAUAACAUAUUUUAUUUGCUCGACAUUAUCAGCAACUGACGCAGAAUACGAAGAUAUUCUACCAUUUCCACUUUCAGUUAUCGAGUUGCCAGAUUCCAUAAUGAAUGAGAAGGAGUUUAUAGGACAUAAUUUGGAUUUUGAAGUAAUUGAUCAUUGCGUCCAUAGUUCUGGAGUGGACGUGGAAACACUAAUACAUAUGAUAGAAUACAUGCGGGUACCAAAUGAACAUGAAGUGAAAGACUUUCUAUUCUGUUUUGCCAGAAACCAAGGGAUUCAACAUGAAAAUGGCGAAAUCGAAUUCGAUAUGUUAUUUAAUUUUUUGAUCAGCAUAGAUAUUGGUCACGAAUGGAACAUUCGUGAUCCAUUAGAAAACUGCAUAGAAAAUAAUUAUGAUGGAUCUGAAAACGCCUAUCUAACUUUAAAAUGUAUAAUGGAGGAAUACAGCAUACUCAAUUUGAUACCGACGUGGUGGCAUGUUUUUAUGAAAUAUUUCCUUAGAAAAUAGUGAACAAACUGAUACGUGAUGGUGCGGGUGUUAAUACAAAUUUUAAGAAUUCCAAAAGAUGUAUAUGAAUUAAAUAACAAUUAAAUAAAUAAUAGAUUCCACAAUAUUUACAAUCACAUAAUUAACACAAAUUUUAACAAAAUAUACUGAUAUUAAAAUUUAGGAAAUUCUCUCAUAUACUUAAAAAUGCUAGUAGUAUGUAAUCAUAUCAAUAAGUCCUACGUAUUAAUUUUUAUUUUUUUUUUUUUCAAUAGGUAUACAACGCGAAAGACCAAAUUUACUGGACAAGGUAGACACUAUAAAGAUUACAAUGAAUACAAAUAGAAAAAAAUCACAAAUACUAAAUAAGAACACGAAAAAGGAAAAGACUUCGAGAGGAGAAAACAAAAAAAGUGUUUGUUCAUUUUAACCUUUUAUACAAUAAAUAUAAAAAUGUAGGUUAAAAGAAAUGAGUGUAUUCGUAUAACCUAGGAAAACGGCGUUAGUUAUAUUUCAUUUUUCAGAUUUUAUUUUAUUGGA